GGCGGUUGAACCGAAGUGGGUCCAUCCCCCCCCCGCCCCCCCGUCUCCUUUGGCCACGCCCCCGCCCUUGUUCACUUGGGCUACUGGCCGUAAGCCACCCCUCUCUUUCCUCACUUACUCUAGUGGCGGGGAGGGGGCAGAAGAAAGCGGGUCGGUUUCCCUGUGCCGGUGUGUUGCUAUUGCCUUCUUUGCCUCACAACUGCCUUAAAUUGCCCCCUCCCUCGCUUCUGUGCACGCGCCUCCAACGGUCUCCGAGUAACGAUGCAGUUUAUGUUGCUUUUUAGUCGUCAAGGGAAGCUGCGACUUCAGAAAUGGUAUGUCCCGUUGUCUGACAAAGAAAAGAAGAAAAUCACAAGAGAACUGGUUCAAACGGUCUUAGCUCGUAAACCGAAAAUGUGCAGCUUUCUUGAGUGGAGAGAUCUGAAGAUUGUCUACAAAAGGUAUGCAAGCCUUUACUUCUGCUGUGCCAUUGAAGAUCAGGAUAACGAGCUAAUAACUCUAGAAAUAAUUCAUCGAUAUGUAGAAUUGCUUGAUAAAUACUUUGGAAGUGUAUGUGAACUUGAUAUCAUCUUCAAUUUUGAGAAGGCUUAUUUUAUUUUGGAUGAAUUUCUUUUGGGUGGGGAAGUUCAGGAGACCUCAAAGAAAAAUGUUCUUAAAGCCAUUGAACAGGCAGAUUUGUUACAAGAGGAUGCUAAAGAAGCGGAGACCCCUCGUAGUGUACUUGAAGAAAUUGGACUGACAUAAGCUGCUGCCUUUGCUGAUGUCUUGUGUGAUGUUUCACAUAACUGUAAAUGUUCACUGCCUCCAUUUAAUGUUAGCUAGUGGUGUUAUGAUGCUAUUUGUCAGUAUUACUGUUCUGCUAAGCUACUUCAUUUGGGCCUACAAGAAAAAUUUCAUUUACUGUAAAAUAAAAAGGGAGAAAACAUUUUAAAAACCUUUUGAAAAGAAUAAAAGGGACUUUACAGUGGUUUUAAAGCACAGUAUUGAUAAGUCUUCGAUGGCAGAUAUUUAUAAACUCAAAUUGCCAUCACACAAUGCAUCUAAACCUUUGUGGUACGCUAUAUGCCAUAUUCCAAAUAGAAACAGGUGUAUAAGUUAACAAGUGAAAUGCAUCGACAUAGGACUUGGCUUUGUGUAACCAAAGACUUUUUCUAUAAAGUCAGCAUUUGAUAAAAACUCAGUUUAAGUAUUGCAGAAGUUUGGAGGGAAACAACCAUGUAUGGUUUUUACUACACCAAAGAAUCCUAUAAAGGUCUGCAAGUUAAACUGCUGUGAGUUGUUACAGUAGCUUCAUUUUAGCAACAGAGUUGAAAACAAUUUCAGAAUGGAAGUGUAUAUACUGUCUCACCAAAAGGAAAAAAGGCCCUGUAACUGUAUUUGCCCCAUGCUGGACUGACCUGUUUUAGAAUGCUCCAUUUGGGUCCUAGUACCUACCUAGUUAAGUGGGCACUAGGACCCAAAUGGAGCAUUCUAAAACAAAGAUGGUCCAGCUUGUGGCAAAUGAAGUUAAAAUUUUGGGGUUUUUUUCUUUUGGUGAGACAGAGUAUGGUAUAAAGAAUUUAACCUCAAAAAUGAGUUCAUUUAUUUAAAAAGGGAACACAGGUUGGGUCACAUAGCCUUGUGGGGGAAAACACUCUUUGUUUAAAUAGUAUGGUUUGCAUUCACAAGCCAUUCAAAAGCAUAAAGCAGUAUUAAUGGAAAAUCCUCUGGGAACUGUUGAUGUAAACUGAGAAAGGAUUUCAUCAGUCCCUAGAAACAAAACUUUCUGUGUGCAAAUUAUCAGUAUCAGCACUAUACACCAAAUCUCUAGCAGCCACUUGGAUCAUUUGAAAAUCUGUAUUUUUAAUUAGUGCAAUCUUUAAUUCCACUUCACAGUGUUACAUUCAGUUGGAAAGUGAAAUAUGCUAGGGAAGCAGACUUUAUGAUGAAAACUAACUGUCUGAGUGAAGUAUUCUAUUAAAUCAACUAAGGCUGCAAUCCUGUGUACAAUGAACAUAAUGAGACUGGUUUCUCAGUAAUCAUGCAUAGGAUUGGGCAACGCAGAUAUCAGAACGCCAUACUGUAAUAUGUUUUUUGUGUAUAUCAUCACUCAAUUAGUACAAGGAAGACCUCAGUACAGACUGCCUGUUGCUGAAAGCACUUCCCAUAUGGGUGUAUUUGUGGUCUUAUGACCCUGUUUCAUGUCAGAUACUGACUACAACAAUGGAAGUCUUGGGACGACAUUUGCAUAAGGUACACGGGAGCCCAGUUCUACAUUUCACUCACGGAAAGCCUGGAAAAAUUAAUUUCUAGUAACAUUAGAGCAGCCCUCUGUAUGAUGCUGAAAUUACUGAACACUUCAAAAUGUCAAUUAAACAUAAGUUCAUGUGUAUUCAAAACACGUUUAAGGUUUACAUGUUGCCUUGUAUGUGCUUGGUUGGAAAAGCUUUGUUGUGAUUGUGACAAACUGUGAACACUGUCUUAGUAUCACACCAGUUUGGUUGUAAUAAAUGUUCAUUUUUA